AUGGCAUCAUCUCAGUCAUCAUCCGCAUCGAUCGCGGCCCGGGGACCAGAAUCCGUUGAACCCAAAGCCAUGCCCCAACUGGACACACUGAUUUCCCACCUUCUAGCUGCUAAGCGGUCUCUUUCAUCUAUCAGCCAUGUUUGGCGUGCCAAUGAGAUUGUCACUGCGGCUCGGUCCGCCCUGGAAGACAGCGUGGUCGUAUCUUCCCGGACGGGCUUCCUACGGCGAGGUCUCGACAACCAAAUACGGUUACUUUUCAAUGUUCGAUCGGAGAUAGAGGAAAUCUCAUAUCGUGGCCGAGAGGAAUUCUCGGAGGCCCUGACAAGCCUGGAUGCUGCUGAUGCUCGGCUUCGGAGCACGCUGGACCUCCUCCGGGAGACUAUUGUCCAUGCCUCAUUUCGCCCCACAGAGGAACAAACUAAAUCACUCCACGAUUUUGUAGACGAACGAGGCGUCGAGGAGUUGCAUGCUGCUCUCAAGAGCUCCAUCGACCGCACUAAUACCGCGCGGGCUGAUUUGGAUACCUCAAAUCGUGAGUUUGAUGACGAGCUCCAUGCCAUCCGAAAAGCGCUUCGUCAUUAUCGAUCUACCACAAAAAUGGCCUCAUCGCGUGCAUCGGCGUCAUCAUCUUCUUCCUGCGCGUCGGAGCCGGAUCUUCAAGCGCUAUCCACCAUGCCGAGCAUGCUCCGGUCUUUGGAGAUGCAAGCACAAGAAAUGGCAGGCCUACUCUCAUCUCUUGUAAGCCACUUUGAUCUUUGUGUCACAGCAGUCAAGCAAACAGAGGGUGGCGGUGCCGCUGCACACUCUAUCACUGGUGACAUGCCUGCAGAAGUUGGCGGAACUAGUAGUGAAGGGUUACCAAAUAUUGGGGAAGAAAUUAACGCGAACCUGAAUGCUCCGUUGGACCCAAUGACCGAUCAAGAGUACGAAGAAAUGGUGCAAGUCUUGCUGAAUGAUGCGCCCGAGGCAGAAGAUGUGGUGAUAGAAAUCCAUGACCGUAUCAACGAAAUGGAAUCCAUCUUUGAGCAAAUGGGUGUGCAGCGCGAUUCAUUGCUCAGCAUCUCAGAUGCCACCCUCCAGGUCCACCGUCACCUUUCUACCCUUGCUUCCACUCGGUUGCCGCAGUAUAUCUCCCAGGCCCACAACUUCAUUCAGGUGUGGAGCGAAGAAAAUGAUCGCUUCAACUCCGGCUUGACGGAGCUUUCAGACUUGCACUCCUUAUACGAUGGGUUCCUGAAUGCAUACGACAACCUAAUUCUAGAGGUGGCUCGCCGAAAUCAUGUUCGUCACCGUGUGGAAAAGGUUCUCCGUGACACGAGGAACAAGCUCAAUCAUUUGUACGAGGAGGAUGUCGCUGCUCGACAGAUAUUUCGCGUGGAGCAAGGUGAUUUUCUACCGUCCGAUAUCUGGCCAGGGGUCGGGCAAGCGCCGAUGCAUGUUGAGUUUUUAAGACUGCCAGGCGGUAAUCUGGAAGGAGCCCUUCCCGAGGCACAGGGAGAAGUACCGGCAGAAGCUGUAGCUGGCCCAGAGGCCAAAAUUGCGCAUGCCGGUAGCGAAGAGGAGGAAGUUGUGCCAGAUCUUCCAAAGGAGGUGGUGGAGCACGCAUAUGCACGUUUAAAGGCUCGGACUAGGGAAUUCGUCUAG